AUGAAGAAGUACUUUGGCCUACGGGGCAAAGCCCUCAACUAUGCCGUUGGUAUCAUAGCAGGAUGUGACUUUCUGCUGUUUGGUUAUGACCAGGGUGUAAUGGGAGGUAUCCUCACCAUGACCCAGUUCCUCUCCGUGUUCCCGGACAUCAACCCUGACGAGGAGGGCAUCACGAGAGAGCUCGAGUCGACGCGCGCGACCAACCAAGGCAUCGCCGUGGCCGCCUACAACCUGGGCUGCUUCCUGGGCGCCGUCAUCACCAUCUUUAUCGGCAACCCCCUCGGACGCAAGCGCAUGAUUAUGCUCGGCACCUCCAUCAUGGUCGUGGGCGCCAUCCUGCAGGCCUCGGCAACCACCCUGCCGCACCUCAUUGUCGGGCGCAUCAUUACCGGCCUGGGCAACGGCGGCAAUACUUCGACCAUUCCGACCUGGCAGUCCGAGACGUCGCGGGCGCACAAGCGCGGCAAGCUCGUCAUGAUUGAGGGCGCCUUGAUCUCGUGCGGCAUCAUGAUUUCGUACUGGAUCGACCUGGGCUUCAGCUUCCUCGACGGCACCGUGGCCUGGCGCACGCCCCUCGCCUUUCAGAUUGUCUUUUGUGUCAUCAUCCUGUCUACCAUCUGGGGCCUGCCCGAGUCCCCGCGCUGGCUCAUCCUCAAGGGCCGCGAGGACGACGCCCGCGACGUUCUGGCCGCGCUGGCCGACACCGACAUUCACGACAAGGAGGUCGAGAACGAGUUCAUGGCCAUCAAGGACGCCGUUGUGGAAAUGAGCAAGGGCUCCUUUGCCGACUUGUUCACCAUGGGCAAGGAGAGAAACUUUCACCGCAUCGUGCUGGCUUACACGAACCAAAUGUUCCAGCAGAUCAGUGGUAUCAACCUCAUCACCUACUACGCACCUGUCAUCUACUCGGGUCUUGGCAUGUCGGCUUUCCUAUCGAGGCUGCUAGCUGCCCUCAAUGGCACCGAGUACUUCCUCGCCUCCUGGCCGGCCGUCUUCCUCGUCGAGCGCGUGGGCCGUCGCAAGCUCAUGCUCUUUGGCGCCGCUGGUCAGGCCGCCACCAUGGCCGUCUUGGCUGGUGCAAACUCGCAGCCUGAUAACUCGAGCUGCCAGAUUGCCGCCAUUGUGUUCCUGUUUGUCUUUAACAGCUUCUUUGCUGUCGGUUGGCUCGGUAUGACUUGGUUGUACCCGGCAGAAAUUGUGCCCUUGAGAAUCAGAGCACCUGCCAACGCCCUGUCGACUUCUGCCAACUGGAUCUUCAACUUUCUCGUUGUCAUGAUCACACCAAUCGCCUUUGAUUCGAUUAGCUACAACACGUACACAAUCUUUGCCGUCAUCAACGCCUUCAUGGUGCCGUCCGUCUACUUCUUCUACCCAGAGACGGCGUACCGGUCGCUCGAGGAGAUGGACACCAUCUUCCACAAGGCUCCCGGAGCCAAGGGCUGGCUCAGCGUCGUGGGCGUCGCCCGCCGCGAGCCCCGCCGCUACGGCAAGCACGGCGAGCUGCUCAUUGAGUACGAAAAGACGGACGAGCACAAGGCCCACGUCGGCCACGUCGAUUACCCUAGCGAUGGCCAGCCCUCGCCGGAUGCCGAAAAGGCUCGCAGUGGUGGCGUCCUUGGUUCUGACCUCUAA